AAACUCGAUGAGAAUUAACUAGAAGUUAACUUAAUUUUUAAGCACUUUUGCAAUAAGCCAUGUCCUCCUCCUCCUUCUCCAUCAUAUCAAAUUUACUUCCUUCCCCACACUCCAACAUUCACAACUUCCACACCUUCUUCAUCUCCAACCACAAGAAACCCCAAACCUCUUUUCUCAUAUCCAAAUUCUCCCAUCAUUCCUCUAACUUCCAUAACACUCUCGCCGCCAAACACCUCCGGUCCCCUGCCUCCAUUUUACCCGGAGGUGAUUGGUGGACAUUACCAAAUCAUCCCGAAGAAGACGAUGCAGAACCGACUGCGGCGAUGCUCGCUCUCAGACGAAUGUGGGAUUUGGUUGCUGAUGAGCGCUGGGUCGCACUUGGAGCUUUCGGGUCUCUUGUCAUUGCUGCUCUUUCCGAAAUCACCAUGCCAAGUAUAUUAGCAGCAUCAAUAUUUUCAGCACAGAGUGGUGAGACUGUGGCAUUUUCUAGGAAUGCAAUGUUUUUGGUUCUUCUAUGUUUUACUUCAGGGAUAUGCAGUGGUUUGCGAAGUGGCUGCUUUGGGAUUUUGAAUGUAACAUUGGUAAAGCGUCUACGAGAAAACUUGUAUGCAACCAUUCUUUUUCAGGACAUAUCUUAUUUUGAUAAAGACAAAGUUGGUACCUUGACAAGCAGGCUCGCCGCAGAUUGUCAACGGCUUUCGCAUGUUAUAGGAAAUGAUCUUCAGUUGAUAUUACGCAACACUUUCCAGGGAACAGGAGCGAUAAUUAAUUUACUGGCUUUAUCUUGGCCUCUAGCAUUAUCUGCAUUGAUGAUUUGUGCUGUGUUAUCUGCAAUUUUCCUGGUUUAUGGCAGGUAUCAAAGAAAAGCAGCAAGGUUAACCCAAGAUUUCACAGCUUGUGCCAAUGACGUAGCUCAGGAGACACUUUCUUUGAUAAGAAUUGUUCGAGUGUAUGGAACCGGAAAAGAAGAAUUUGAAAGGUACCAUCAGUGGCUACAAAAAUUAGCAUUUAUUAGCGUUCGAGAGAGUGUGGGUAAUGGUUUCUGGAACCUGAGCUUUAACACUCUUUAUCGGUCAACUCAGAUAGUUGCAGUGAUUUUUGGCGGAAUGUCUGUCCUCAGCUGUCGUGUAACUGCUGAGCAACUUACUAAGUAUGUAUUAUACUGUGAGUGGUUGAUUUAUGCUGCUUGGAGGGUGACAAACAGCUUAUCAUCAUUACUGCAGUCCAUUGGAGCAUCUGAACAAAUUUUCCAAUUGAUGAAUCUUUUGCCCUGUGACCAAUUCUUAGUGAAAGGAAUUAAGUUGCAGAGGUUAAUAGGUCAUAUUCAGUUUGUAAAUGUAUCAUUUCAAUAUCCAGCAAGGAGUAUGAUGCCUGUUCUAGAUCACUUAAACUUCUCUGUAAAACCAAAUCAAGUCAUUGCCAUUGUUGGUCUGAGUGGUAGUGGAAAAAGCACAUUAAUCAACCUUUUACUUCGUCUCUAUGAGCCUAGUAGCGGCCAGAUAUUUAUUGAUGGUAUCCCUCUUAAGGAGUUGGAUAUCAGGUGGCUGAGGCAGAACAUCGGAUAUGUUUCACAGGAACACCAUAUCUUUCACAUGGACAUAAAGUCAAACAUAAAAUAUGGUUGCCCUAGGAACAUAAAUCAAGGAGAUGUUGAACAGGCAGCAAAACUAGCCUAUGCCCAUGACUUUAUUUCAUCACUUCCUAAUGGUUAUGAAACCCUUGUUGAUGACAAUGUACUUAGCGGGGGACAAAAGCAGCGAAUCGCCAUUGCGAGGGCCAUUCUUAGGGACCCUGUUAUUAUGAUUCUUGACGAACCAACCAGUGCCUUGGAUUCUGAAAGUGAGCAUUACAUCAAGGAGGUAUUGUAUGCAUUCAAAAAUGAAUCUAAAUCAAGAACCACCAUUAUCAUAGCACAUAGGCUUUCUACUGUAAAAGCUGCUGACAGGAUCAUUGUUAUGGAUAAUGGUCAGAUUAUUGAGAUGGGUAACCAUGAAGAGCUUAUAGUCAAGAAUGGACUCUAUGCGAAGUUAAAUAAAUUUCAAGCAGAUAUUGUUGUAACUUGAUUCAAAUUUUUUCUAUUUGCCAAUUCCAAUAGAAAUUAAUGAUAUCAUGGAAGAAGUUUGACUUUGUUUUUUUGACAAGAUGGAAGAAGUUUGACUUGAAUGUUAAAAUCCGGUACUAUUUGUCGCAUUUAACCAUUUCACACAAAUGAAAUAAAGAAAAUGAUGAUUUCAUCCAA